AACAACAACAUUGAUUUAAUAUUCAUUGUAGCAAUUAAUUGUAACACGGGAUAUAUUAACACUGUGUGCAAAAUGUUGUGUUUACGAAUUGUCCUGACCUCACUGUGCUGGACCGCGGCUGUUUGGGCGCUUUUGCUAUCGGUAUGGACAGACGCGGAUACGGACACGUCAGUGUGUUCACCGGAAAUGUACGGGAACGACACAGCUGCGUACUGGGCUUGCCGCAUACAGUUUGCACAUCAGGCCAACUGGUUCCCGUCCCCUAUAGCCGGGCUUUUCAGUUACGAGAUCUGGAACGGCUACGACGGUUUCUGGCAGAACGGCGCUGUCCUGGAAACAUUCGUCAACUUCCUGGCAAAUACAAACGCUACCCACACUCGCUACACGAGCGUGAUCAAAGGUGGGGAGCGGAACCUUUACAGCCUGUUAGAGGCCUACGGGCCCUACCCCUCCUUUGACGACAUGGGGUGGUACGGACUCGCCUUCGCGCGGAUACAUGAGGUUCUCGGGGAUCCACAGUUUCUCCAAGAUGCCGAGGACAUAUUUGAUUGGUGUUGGCGCACGGGCUGGGACACGAGCGGUAAUUGCAGUGGUGGAUUCUGGUUUGAUAACAGGUUCGAUUCCAAGCAGACCAUCACCAAUGCACAAUUGCUACAACUUAGUGCAAAGCUAUACAGGAUGACAAAUAACACUGACUAUGGGAAGAAGAUGCACCAGAUUUAUGAGUUUAUUGUUUAUAACGACCUUAUUAACAAUUCAUCUUAUUUAGUAUCUGAUGGAGCGACAGCGAACUGCACUGCUGCAGAUGUCUACGGACCUACUUACAACUCUGGCGUUAUGAUCGGCGCAAUGGCGGCCAUGUACAAGGCGACUGGAUUUACUUCUUACAAUGACCUUGGAUAUAAAAUUGCGAUUGGAAUUCUCGAACACUAUUGCAAUGAAAAUGGCAUCUUGGUGGAAUACUGUAACCCGAAUUGCAACGACGACGCUUUAAUGUACAAAGGAAUCUUUGCACGAAAUGUAAGAUACCUCAUCGAUGUUCUUGAUGAUCCUAUUAGAGAAGACUACUUGCUAAACUGGCUCGACCUUCAGGUCAAAUCCAAUAUUGAACACAAUAUAUGCGACCUCAAUCCUUUAACAAAAUGCAACAUUAGUUACAAAGACGGGCCAGCUUAUUAUAACAAAUCCGGGCCCGUGUUUUCACCAGAUUGGCGAGGCCCGUUCACCUACGGGGCCCCAAUGCAACAAACCUCCGUCCUUGACCUCAUGAUAGCCGCCAUCCGUCCGGGCACCAAUUGCACUGGUAAAUACUGCAACUAUGACCCGUACUACCCGGCACCCCAACCCCUCACGUGUGGGAGUAGGCCCUGUCCUGAGGGGGAGGAUUGUUGCGAGUACAGCCCCUACACGUCAUACACGUGCUGCUAUACCAACCAGCACUGCAAUCAGACUGCUGGAAUUUGUGUUGGCAACUAGUGAUGUUGUGUUUGGCACUAUUGAGUAGUGUGGUUUUAUAUGUGAUAACAACUAGUCACGCUGUGUUUGGCACUAUUGAGUAGUGUUGUUUUAUAUGUGAUAACAACUAGUGAUGCUGUAGUGUUAGUCACUAUUGGGAAGUGUUGGUGUAUAAGUGAAAACAACUGGUGACAUUGAGCUGGACACUAUUUGGUAGUAUUGUUGCAUUUAUAAUUACAACUACUGCUGCUGUGCUUAGCAUUAUUGGGUAGUGUUGUUUCAUACAUUGUUUGUUUUGUAAGAGUUGUAAGAUUGGACUUAAUUGGUUUUAUAGAUAUGUGGAUUUAUCAGUUUUCAGAACCUUUAAAGUAAUA